CGGCCCUCCCAGUUCCGUUAAAAUCUUCCCCAAAACCCAUUGCUCCGCGAUGAGACCCGCAGCAACAGCGGUAGCAGCCACCGCCGCCGCGCUCCGAGCCGCGUUCCUCGCCCCUCCCGCUGCCGCCUACCGCCUCCCCCCUCCCCGCCGUGUCUUCCUCCUACCCCUGCACCGUCUCUCCUCCUCUUCGUCCACGGCCGCCCCGCCUUGCGCUGCUUCCUCCGACUCCCAGCCGCCGCCGUUGCCUGCCUUCAUGGACGCGCAGUUCGAGUCCUUCCGGUCGCAGCUCGAUGGCUCCUCCGCCCUCCGCGACCGCAUCCGCGCCGUCGUCUCCGAGGUCGAGUCGGCCUCCCGGGCCGCCUCCGCUGCGCUCCUCCUCAUCCACCAGCCCGUCCCGCUUUCUGAUGUGCUCGGCAAGGCGAAGGCGCAGGUGGAGGUGAUCAAGGGGCUGUACUCUCAGCUCGCGGAGAUCCUCAAAGAGUGCCCCGGUCAGUACUACAGGUACCAUGGGGACUGGAAGAGUGAGACACAGUCUGUGGUGUCGAUGCUAGCAUUCACAAAUUGGCUUGAGACUGGUGGCCUGCUCACGCACGCUGAGGCCCAGGAAAAGCUAGGAUUGGGUUCUGGAGAGUUUGGCCUGGACGUUGAAGACUACCUGACUGGGUUGUGCUUCAUGUCCAAUGAUUUUCCUAGAUACGUAGUGAAUCGGGUCACGGCAGGUGACUAUGACUGUCCACGGAAGGUGCUAAGCUUUUUGACUGAUCUGCAUGCUUCAUUUAGGAUGCUGAAUCUGCGCAAUGACUUCUUGCGUAAGAAAUUUGAUGGGAUGAAGUAUGAUUUGAGAAGGGUGGAGGAAGUAUUUUAUGAUGUGAAGAUACGCGGACUUGUGCCUGGGGAGUCAAAGCAAGAGGUUGCUCAGUCAUAGACGGUGAGCGGUGCCUUGCCAUUUACUUGUGCCUGGCAAUCGACAGCUGUCAUGUGUUGUCCUCGCUACCAAUGAAAUUUAUGUUGGACGGAUGGUUCCUACGAAAAGCUCAUGCUGGGAGGAUAUCUAAUUUUGACUGUCCAUCGCUUUAAGUUGCGGCACUUUUUGGGACCCACCUGUGGGUUGGAAAAUGACAUAAGAAUUAUUCUGCUGACAUGUCAUGUGACCUAUAUCUACAUCAUGCGUUAGGUUUUGUAA